CUUUUAGUAUUAAAUUAGUUUUUUCGAAAAAUUCUGGGACUCUCUCUCAUCUCUCUCCCUUCACAGAAACCAGGUUGGCCAGUUUUGGCCAGCGAUCUUGGUGCUCUAGCCAUGGCUAGACGCGUGACUGGUCGGAAAAUGACUAGAGGAGGUCGGCGAACCACGCUUGAGCCCAGCCUCCUUUCGCCGUCGCGAGCUCUAGGAACCUUCGAGGGUUUCAAGUUUUCCGACACCUUUUUUGGUGGUUCCAGCGACUGUUGUCGCAGAUCCAGCUCUUUGGUUGCUGGACUCUGUAUUCUGAAAUGGUGUGAGAGCUUGUUGAGCUGCAGUUGAUUGUUUAAGCUUUAGCUUCAAUCAAAAGGAUCUUUACUUGAGGGGAUUCUAGUUGCAGAAUUGGAUGAGUACAGAGAAGGCAAAAGAGUGUAGAGUUUUGAUAGAUUCCCUCCUUGACCUAGCACAGGAAGGGAAGUUAAAAUAUGAGGCAGAUGCUGCAGCAGUGGCAAUCACAACAACCGACCUCGUUAGCAAGAGUGUGGCAAUUCAGUCUCUGGUUGGAGGGACAGAUAUAAGAAUUGGGGGAAUGGCAAAAGGUUCCGGGAUGAUCCACCCCAAUAUGGCUACCAUGCUUGGAGUAAUAACAACUGAUGCAAUGGUUAGCAGUGAUGUUUGGAGAAAAAUGGUUCAAGUUGCUGUCAACCGAAGUUUCAACCAAAUAACAGUAGAUGGAGAUACGAGUACCAAUGACACUGUCAUUGCGUUAGCUAGUGGAUUAUCUAGAUCAACCAAGAUAUCUUCCUACAACAGUAAUGAAGCAGUACAACUUCAAGCAGGCCUUGAUGUGGUUAGUUCUACUUCAUUUAAGUUUUACAUUCCUCUGUUAUCUAAAAAUCUUUUACAGUGAGCUCCAAAAU